GGAGUGUGGAUCGAUAAAUUAUAGCCGGCGUACAUUAAUAAAUUGUUGAGAAAGUAUUUUUAUUGCAUUUACAUGAAAAUUAUGCAAAAAUAAAAAGUUUAGAAGAAUUUUAAAGUCAAAGUAAUGUGAAUACGGUGAAUACCAAAAUCAUAAUAAAACUUUUCCUAAUAACUAAACGUUAAAUUUAGAAGAAAUAAGGUUAUAAUCAGUAGGCGGCUGAGUUUGUUUCGGCGCACACGUUUUGUCUAGUGAGGUAGAAAUUCUCGCGCUGUCAGGGUGUUUUCGCGAGAAAAGAUGGAAGAAAGUGUGGAAAAGAUGCAAAUCAGUGAGGAGGGUGUUAAUCAUGAGGAAAACAGUGAAAAAGUGGACGCUGAGGAGGUCACAGCCGACGUAGAGUCCAAGGAGGAGAGCAAAAACAAGCGCAAGAAGAAGAAAAAAGCCAACAAAAAAGCUGCAGAUGAAGCUGACGCUCUGGCUGCCUCUGAGGGUGCCAAAGACAAGGAAGAUGGUGUAGAGGAGGGCACUGGAGGUGAUGCAGAGAAGAAGAAGAAAAAGAAAAACAAGAAAAAGGGUGCCAAUGGUCAGACAGAUCCACCAUCAAUCCCCAUUGCCAAGCUCUUCCCGGACGGAAAUUUCCCGGAGGGUGAGAUUAUGCAUCAUCCGACCGUUGCGGAUGAUCGCACGGCCAAGGACAGAUUCACGAGUGAGGAGAAACGGGCUCUGGAUCGCCUGCACCUGGACAUCUACAGUGACUUGAGACAUGCAGCUGAGGCUCACAGACAGACGCGGCAGCAUAUGCAGCGUUGGAUCAAGCCAGGCAUGACGAUGAUUGAGAUCUGUGAGGAACUGGAGAAUACAGCCAGGCGUCUGAUUGGAGAGAAUGGCCUGGAGGCCGGCUUGGCCUUUCCCACUGGCUGCUCUCUCAAUCACUGUGCUGCCCAUUAUACUCCCAAUGCGGGCGAUACCACGGUGCUGCAGUACGAUGAUGUGUGCAAGAUUGACUUCGGAACGCACAUCCGGGGCAGGAUUAUAGAUUGCGCCUUCACGCUCACUUUCAACGACAAAUACGACAAGCUGAAGGAAGCCGUCCGGGAGGCCACAAAUACUGGCAUCCGCGAGGCCGGAAUCGACGUGAGGCUGUGCGACAUUGGAGCUGUCAUUCAGGAAGUCAUGGAGUCCUACGAAGUGGAAUUGGACGGGAAAACUUACCAGGUGAAGAGCAUCAGAAACCUUAAUGGGCACUCGAUUGGGCCCUAUCGCAUCCAUUCGGGUAAAACGGUGCCCAUUGUGAAAGGUGGCGAGACGACACGCAUGGAAGAAAAUGAAUUCUAUGCCAUCGAGACAUUUGGUUCGACUGGACGUGGUCAGGUGCACGAUGACAUGGAUUGUAGUCACUACAUGAAGAACUUUGAUGCUCAGUAUGUGCCAUUGCGCCUUCAGAGCUCCAAAGUGUUGCUCAACAUCAUCAACAAGAACUUCAGCACUUUAGCCUUCUGUAAGCGCUGGUUGGACCGUGCUGGCGCCACUAAGUACCAGAUGGCGCUAAAGGAUCUCUGUGACAAGGGAGUUGUUGAGCCCUAUCCGCCACUGUGUGAUGUCAAGGGCUGCUAUACUGCUCAGUAUGAGCACACCAUAAUGUUGCGCCCAUCUUGCAAAGAGAUCGUCUCUCGCGGCGAUGACUACUGAUGUCCGCCACCUGCCAGGUAACAUUUCGUUUUGCUCCUUUUGUUUACUACCACAAAAGCUACAUUUUUAAAUGCUGGUGGAUCUUUUUGUAUGGAGUGUGAGAGAGAAGGAACGAGUGGUGGUGUAAAGUUAUUCCACAGAUCAUCAUGAGAAGAAAAAAUAAAGAAAUAACUAACCUCA